AUGCCCCCCAAAUCCCCUAAACCACCCCCAUCAGAUCUGCCAAUCCACUCCUUCCCCACAGCCAAAGCCCUAGAAAUCUUCCUAGACCAAAACCACACCACAGCCCCAGGCUUCUACCUCAAACUCGCCAAAAAGUCCUCCGGCAUCCCGUCCAUCACCGCCCCGGAAGCCGUCGAAACAGCCCUCUGCUUCGGCUGGAUCGACGGCCGCGCCAACACCCUCGACGAAAACUGGUGGCUGGUGCGGUACACCCCACGCCGCGCAAAAAGCAUCUGGUCCCAGAAAAACGUGAACACAGUGGCGCGCCUCGUGAGCGCGGGGCGGAUGCGGCCCGCCGGGUUGGCGGCGGUGGAUGCUGCUAAGGCCGAUGGACGGUGGGAGCGGGCGUAUGCGGGGCCGGCGAGUAUGGUUGUUCCGGAGGAUUUUAGGGAGGCGUUGGCGAGGGUGGAUGGGGCGGGGAGCUUUUUUGAGGGGUUGAAGAGGAGUGAGAGGUAUGCGGUUUUGUGGAGGGUGGAGACUGCUUCGGUGGCGGCGAGGGGAAGGAGGAUUGAGGCGUUGGUUAGGAUGUUGGCGGAUGGGAAGAGGGUUGGUGAGACGGUGGCGUCUGCGGUGGGUACGGAGAAGAGAAAGAAGAGUAUAGUGGAUGAUGGAGAGAAUGAGACGAGGAGGAAGAGUGCGAGGGUAGCUGCGAAGACUAAGUGA